AUGGAUGUAAACUUUGUGACAUCCGCCGGGGAGACCUUCACCAUAGAAAUCGGCUACUUCGACACUGUCCUUGAAAUAAAAGAGAAGGUCGAGAAGUACAAAGGCUACCCAGUCACUUCCCAGAAGUUAAUUUUCAAUGGCCAUUAUCUUCUCAAUGACCGCGACACUGAGCAUUAUGAGAUCCUCCAGGGUUCUACCGUUCAACUAGUCAUAACUAACCCUGGAUUGGGGCCUCAAAGGACCCCGCCUCCAGCAUCGUCAUCACCAGCAACUCGCGCUCGUCGAAAGCUUAAUCUACCUGUAGAAUCAAUGAAUGGAAGUUUGGUUAUACAUGUCGAGAUGGAAGAGCACUCUAAAGUGGGUUUACUAAGGGAUGAAUUGCGUAGAGCAUACGCUAUGAUAAACUUAAAUGUCCCUGACAAAUAUUUCUUCGUUCACAAUAAAGAAGUAAUGAAUGAAGAUUACUCUUUCCAUCAGCACAAUGUCAAGGAUGGCGAUGUUAUUAAGGUUUUCGAGGGGAAAGCAACUCAUGGAGAUCCGUGA